AUGGCUGUUUUAGGAGAAUUAUUUAGAGGAAGACAUCAAUGGGAAAACAAAGAAGAAACCCCAAUGCCAAAAUCAAUCCCAGAUGUUGAUGAAGUUGGUUCCACAUCAGCACCUUUAUUAUCAGCUUCUUAUUAUAUUGGAGAUAAAUGUUUACCUUAUAAUGAAGAUUUCUUAUUAUGUAAAGAUGAAAAGAACGGAGGUACAUUAGAAUGUAUGAAAGAAGGUAGAAGAGUUACUCGAUGUGCCAUUUCAGUAUUGAAAGAUAUUAAUAAAUAUUGUUUUGAUGAAUUUAAAUUACAUUAUGAAUGUUUGGAACAAAAUAAUCAAUAUUUCAGUAGAUGCCGUUCAAGUGAAGGUGUUUUAAGUAAAUGUGUCUUUCAAAAUAUGGGUUUAGUUAAGAAAAUACCUGGUGUUGAAGAACAAAUCUUUGAAAAGAAGAAUCCUGUUUAUAAAAGUGAUCCAAAUGAUGUGAAGAAAACAGCUGCAUUCUUGAAAUCUAAAGAACAACAACCAACUUCUUCUACAGAACAAACUUCUGAAGUUAAAACCCCAGCUACUUCUAGUUAA